AUGCCACCUGGAAUGCGUUCACAGUAUUCUGCCACUUUCGAAAAAGAAGAAAUGAUCACAUCAUAUCAUAUAGGUAAAAAUAUCCCACCAGAGUAUGUACACUAUUAUCCCUCUCUUGACUUGGUACAGGGAUUUUUUGAACAUGCCUCUGAGAGAUUGAUUAGCCACUCCUAUUGUGACAUGUACUUUCGCCUCUUCCUAUCUAACACGGUGACAAUCGGUUACUGCCUUGACCAUUCUCUUGUAGGCCAGAAUACUCGUGAGUUUAGCAAUGCAUGGUUGUAUUGUUAUAGACACCAUACAGAGGGUGUGGCAUGCCAAGCCUCUAAAAACGACAACUGCAAUUAUAUUAUGGAUGAACUACUUUCAUCCUUUCCUCACAUUGAUAUAUUCGACUGGUCAUCAAGAUUAGGUCAACUUGUAAAAGAACACCGCACCUUAUCAAAGCGAAAGUCAUUACUUGCAAUGCCGCAGGAGAUAUUUGAUAUGUUGGAACUUGGCUUUAUACUUCAAAACGGAUGUAAUCAUGUCAAAGAGAAUCUUUUGUAUUUCUUUAAGCUCGAGAACUAUGAAAUACAGUUCAAUAUCGCUUUUGUACCAUCUACUAAAACAAAAGAAGAGAUUGAUCAAUUUCGACAACAGUUGGAUAUUGGUUAUGAUAUUGGUUUGUUUCAUUCAACCAACACUUUACCCACUCAAGAAGAAUUAGAUACAAACGGAUGUUGGAAAUCAGACAAACUAUUUUUUAUCAUCCUAAAGUCUAAAGAUGAAGAGUUUUAUCCAAUCGAUACGAUUUCAAACCUAUAUACACAAAAGAUCACAAGUACACAAUACUAUUAUUUAGAUAAUGGUGAACUUAUGGAUGAUUAUCCACCUCGAGCACUGUCUGACUAUUGCAUAUACUGGGAUAUCGGUUAUCCGCAUCGAGCACAGUCUUUUGACGAAUCCAAAUUUGAUGAAUAA